UUACAGAUGUCACCCAUGAAGCAAAUGGUUAUGCAAAAUUACUCUUCAGUGUCUGAGUUUAUUCUCAUGGGACUAACAGACAGACCUGACCUCCAGCUGCCCCUACUUGUCCUGUUCUUGGUGAACUACACAGCCACUGUGGUGGGAAACUUGAGCUUAAUGAGUCUCAUUUGCUUGAAUUCACACCUUCAUAGUCCCAUGUACUUUUUUAUCUUCAAUCUGUCCUUCAUUGAUUUUUGUUAUUCAUUUGUCUUUACUCCCAAAAUGCUGAUGAGCUUUGUUUUAGAGAAGAACACCAUCUCCUUCACAGGAUGCAUGACUCAGCUGUUUUUCUUCUGUUUCUUUGUUAACUCCGAGAGUUAUGUGCUGACAGCUAUGGCCUAUGAUCGCUAUGUGGCCAUCUGUCAGCCUCUGCUGUACAAGGCUGUUAUGUCACCUGGGAUAUGCUUUAUGCUGAUGUUUGGUUCAUACCUGAUGGGGUUUGCAGGGGCCAUGGCCCACACUGGGUGUAUGAUCAGACUCAGCUUUUGUGAUUCCAAUAUCAUCAACCAUUACAUGUGUGACAUCUUCCCUCUCCUUCAGCUCUCCUGCAGCAGCAUCUAUGUCAAUGAACUUGUGAGUUUUGUUGUGGUGGGUACAGUUAUCACUUUGUCUAGCCUCAUUAUCCUAAUCUCAUAUGCUAUGAUCCUUUCCAAUAUCGUUCAGAUGUCAUCAGCUAGGGGUUGGUCCAAAGCCAUGGGUACCUGUGGUUCUCACAUCAUAACUGUGAGUUUAUUCUAUGGAUCUGGACUGCUGGCUUAUGUCAAACCACCAUCUGCUGAAACUGUGGGCCAGGGGAAAAUUUUCUCAGUGUUUUAUACUUUUUUGGUGCCUAUGCUGAAUCCUCUCAUCUACAGCCUCAGGAACAAGGAUGUCAAACUUGCUGUGAAGAGGACGUUGAGGAGAAUCACAAACUGA